UAGUUUUAAAACGAAGCUCCGCUUGAAAGUAUGCUUUUUUAUGGGGUAUUAUUUGUUUUAGCGAGUGUCGUUCGAGUUCAUGUAAGCGCUACUCGUGGUCCUGCCGACAAGUACUUUAAAGAAUUUCAGAAGCCUUGCUUCGAGUCUGAUAAGCCAGUCGAUUUGCGAAGAAACGUUGGUAAAAACCAGAAUGAAAACAAUAGAAAUAAUCUAGGCAUCAAGCGACUCGUAAAACUAAAUGGAGUCAAGACAGGUCACGUGCAAGAGGUGGACCUUGGGAGUUCCCGGAACUACAGUCUGAUAACGAGAGCCAUGAAACCGCUCAUCUUUGAAAUCCCUGACUUUCUAUCGAGUGAAGAGUGCGAACACAUCAUCAAACUAGCAAGGAAGUCUGGGUUAACUUCGAGUGUUGCUGGAUUUGAUCAAACUGCUUAUGAUGGAGAUCUGGAGCAAGAGCUUACCAGCAUUGACAAGAAUGCACCAGUUCCUGCUCAAUUUUCCUUCAUGACGUCCUUCUCAGUUUGGGAUCGAAACAGCGAUGGCCUGAUUGAUAAACAAGAGAUUGGAUAUUUUACAGCUAAGUAUGCUCUUCUACAUUUUGGAGAAGAAGAAUUAAAAGACAUGUUUCAUCAAAUAGGUUUCAAAGGAUUCCAAAAUGGACAAAUAACAAGGGAAUCGUUGAAGUCAUUGAACAUUGCCAAGUUUGUAAAGUAUCUAGAAUUUACUAAAAACAAACAUCCAAGAUACAGAGCGCGCUUCAGUGAACAAACAUGGAUGACAAAAGACACAGGAAAACACGAUCCUGUGAUGUUGAGCUUAAAUGAACGAGUCGUAAAACUUACCAAAUUACCACGAGAAAUAAUUGAAAAUAGUGAGGAUUUACAGGUAGUACAUUAUGGUCCUAUAGGUCAUUAUCAUGUGCAUUAUGACAGUACACAAAUCGAUGACCAGAAUAGAAACAGGCCAUGUUGUCGCCAGCAGCAUUCACAAGGGUGUAGACUGUGUCGGUUCAUCACAAUCUUGUAUUACUUGAACGAUGUAGAGCAAGGAGGAGAGACUGCGUUUGUAGUGGCAGACAACACCACACUUAACACGACGAACCUCCUUAAAACAACUUCUACCUCAUUAGAGGAUUAUUUGAACUUAAGUCUGAACUGUCACAAGGCUAAUCUAGUGGUUGCACCAAGGAAAGGUCACGCUAUCAUGUGGUACAAUCACUUUAUCGAUGAAGACACUGGUUUACUGGGAGAAGUAGACGAGUACUCAAUGCAUGAAGGAUGUGACGUCAUCAAGGGCGAGAAAUGGAUCGCUAAUAAUUGGAUAAUAGGCCUACCUUCCGGAUCCCUUUAGAAAUAGUAAUCCGUAUUUGUAGAACGUCUUCUCAUUUUCAGACCACGUGUCAUUCCAAUUGAGGAAUUACUUCUUUUUUUAACGGUUGUACAUCAGAAAAAAACUUGUCGGCAUAGUUAAUCACCACCUCAAGUACAGCAGUGGCGCAACUUAACGGUCGAACAGAAAACAUGUGAAGGCGCCUCUGACAGCCGCUAUUCAGUCCAUGUUUGAAACCGGAGCUCUAUCCAGUAAAUUAUUUAGGGUUGAUUUGAGAGGAGGAAGGAAAGACCGAAGGGCUGGAAAAACCCUCGGAGCAAGAAAAAGAAACCAGCCAAGACAACACGUGACAGAAGAUACAUGAAUAUGUAAUACUUAUAUAUGACAAGUGUUCUGAAACGGGAGAACAUUUUAUCCAAACAAGGGCUACUGAUGUACAAAUACGUUUACGAGACGAACAGACAAAGAAAACAACCAGCUGAUUGGACGUUAUAACGGAGAAUGACUGUUAUACGGUAUCAGGCCCCAAGCUGCAUAAACCAGUUUUUGCAUGUUUGUGCUCGCUAGCUUUUUUCAUCAUUCGUUUAUUAAUUCUAUUAGGAAUCAUUUUGAGCAGUAUUUAUUUGUUGUCUGGAAUAGAUUGUUUUUUUGAAUAGUGUUUUG